AUGCCCAUCGACGUCCCCGCGGCGGCGUCCAAAUGUGAUUUGAAUCAAAUAUGGCAGGACGUUUCUUCUUAUGAUCACUCUACACAUCUGAAUAUCUGUGAGAGUCUCGUUGCCGUGACUAGUUACAUCGACGACUGGAACUGCCUGCUGUCAAACGACGCAGGCGCGCGACCCUUGAAACCAGCCGAGGCCAAAGUCGUGAACAACUUGUUUGACUGGGCCAGUGCUGUCGCACUUCCUUCGUCGGAAUUUGCAGUUGAAUUUGACGAGACUGCGGAAAUCUCCGAUGAUAUUAUUAAAGCCCAGAAUGAGAGCCGCUUCAGAUCUGAGCUGGCACUUAAGCUACUGAUGGUCUUGAAUAAGCCCUUACUUGGCAUGACAACUGGAAGACCAGACAAUGUGGCGGACGUUCUGCUCGCACGCGCAUGUUUUGCCAACGAGAAGGACCCUUGGGUUACAUCUAAUAGCCACGAUGUGGCGAAUGAGCUCAUGCUCGUGUCGGUUUCGGCUGCUCAUACGAGCAAAAUGAUCUGGUCUGCUAUUGAAUUCAUCCUGAAGGAGAGGAUCAGGCCGCUAUUUGCGAAAACAAAAAAUCCCGCCAUCACCAGCGCCGGCCGUAAGAAUUUCCACCCUCAAGUUUUACCUCGCUUCGGCGCAAACGACUUGGAUCAGUCGGCGAAGCCUUGGAAGACCACCGACGUCUGGGUCGCAUCGGUGCUUUCAUGGAUCAUUUCACAGUACCAGCCUACGGACAAGAUACAAUUCGAAGCACACUUCCCGCUUCUUGUACCGACUAUCCUAGCAAUGAUUGACGACAGUAACCUGCCAUUCAAAACCAGAGGCUGUGCGCUACUCACUGAACUAUUACAAUUGGUUCAAAAGUGCAACUCAGACAUCCUACAGCGAACAAAUCUCACUUCCGUCUUCGAAGAUGCCGUCACUCCCUGUCUUCUUUCCCUACCAUCCAUCACACCGGAGGAAAGAUCACUACAAAUACUAGGAGAAGCAUAUCCAGCUUUCCUCUCCACCCUCGAGACCGCCUACAAAGGCCCUAACCAAUCCGAAAAAGACAAAGAACUCUUUGCCAACAGCAUGGCCAAAAUCCUCCGAUCAAACCUCAUCUCCUCAUUCCACCACGUCAGCUUCAGCACCCCAGCCAUGGGCUCAGCAACCGCCUCAUUCCCACACGCCCGUCUCUCAACUUUUCUCCUAGACAAAAUGAGAAUAGUCGUCAACGAGCUGGGAAUCAACACAACAAAAUAUCUACAGGAACUCAUCCCUGUCCUCUCCACCACACUCUCAAACCCCUUCGGAACAGCGCAACCCUCUCUCCUCUUAGCGGCAGCAGCCACCGCACAAGCGGUGAUCCUGAACGCGCACCCGCGCAUCUACCGCUGGCGCGGUGAACUCCUAAGCUGUCUGUGCUCGUGCUGGCUCCAUGUUGCUGAGGAUGGCGGUGAUGCCGCUGAGCCGACAACAGUCAAGCGCGAGUUGCAAAAGACGCUUCGGCUUUUGAAGCAUGUUCUGCAGAAUCCUCGUCCUAUUGUGGCUGGUGUCCCGGAGCCGGAGCAGAUGCUGGCGAAGGAGAAUAUGCAGAAGGAAUUCCAGGAGCUCGUUGAUGCGGAUCCAGAGCUGAAGGGUCUUUUUGCUUGA